CACUUGCAAAAUGCUCCUGAGAAAGAAAAGAGGAAGCUGGGAGUUUCAACCUGAUGAGAGGGCAGAUCAUCACUCUGAGGAGUUUUUAGACAGCUUGGCCCAAAGAAUACCUAAUGGGCAGAAAGAGGACUGUUUUGAGGACACUGGUCGGUGUGAAGAUAUGAUGGCAGACAGCUGGAGGCAACACAGAAAGCAUGUGUUGUUUGUGCUGAGUGAGGCAGGUAAGCCCAUCUACUCACGCUAUGGAAGUGAAGAAGCUCUCUCCUUCACCAUGGGUGUCAUGAUGCCGCUGGUCUCUUUCAUUCAGGCUGGAGGCAACACCAUCCAGAAGGGGCCGUUGGUGUUGGUAUCCAUCGGCAAUCGAACAGCAGCUCCGUAGCGAGUUGCUCCAUGUUUACCAUCAGAUCGUCAGCAUGCUUACCCAUGCCUGCAUAAACCACAUCUUUAAACACAGCAAGAACUACGACCUGCGGCGUCUGCUGUUCGGCUCAGAAAAGGUUCUGGACUGUCUUCUUGACGUCAUGGAUCCUGAUCCCAGCUUCAUGCUCUCCGCUGUCCAGUGUCAUCCUCUUCAAGAGACGUUUUGAGUCGCAUCCUUCAGAAGCCAACACAAUGAAUCUGGUUUUCUCCAUUCUUAUUACCAAAAACCUGCUUGUCUCUAUCAUUCAGGUGAAAAUGGUUUUGGAAGAUGCUAGGUUAAAACCCACAGACCUUCACCUCCUAUUCAACCUCAUCAGGACUUCCUUUGCUUUCCAGGCCGGAGAGAUAUGAAUGCCCGUCUGCCUGCCCUUGUUCAAUGAUGACUGAUACUUUUAUGCAUCAUAUCUUGACCCUCCUGAAUGUUGUGUCUGUCUCGUGAUUUUGUCUACAGAUAAGGAAGAAUUUUAUGCAUUGGCAUUGAGUGCAAGAAGAAAAUUGAGUAGGCUGUCACGACCCAGAAUGCUUUGCAGUGUGUGGCAAACACUCAGAUGUACUGUGUUAACAAUAUCGGUGUGGCUAAUCUAAAACACUUCCUGUACAAACCUUCUAAAGUGUCAGAACAGUGUAGUCAACUCCCACGCUUCAUAUGGUAAGUGGCUUAAUGGACAUCAAAGUCAGGAUGGAGUUAAAAAAGGAUCCUUCUCCGACCCCACAUGCAUAAUAUUACAGAAGUAAAAUAGGUUGCGAAUGCUGUUAAUUGUUGUCUUUAAUGCUUUGGGACUGAGAAACUACUGUAUAUAAUCCAAAGCAGCAUUGCACCAAUAUUAGACUGAGUCAUGAGUCAUUUGGCACAUUCAAAGCCCCUUUAGCUCAUGUUUAACCAAAUCAGUGAUUCUUUUGCCAUCAAAGACACCAGAUGGGACUCUAGUUCCCGACAAAUGAUGGCCUAUUAGCCAGUAUUUCCAAAUUCUGUGAAAGAUUAAACCACAGUGUUAUGAAUCCCACAACCGUAAAUGCUUGCUUAAGUUAAUCACAUAUCUGAAAUGUUUCAGUGCAGAGAUGUAAGAUGCCUUAUAUGCACAAAUACAAGCAAAUUACCCCAACUAACUGAUCAUCAAAGCACUGAAACCAGAGAGACAUCAAGUCAUGGGUUACAUAAAAGAAGCCUGUGGUGAGGAUAUUAGAGCAGCUUUGUAUAAACCAUGUCUAUUUAUACUUGACAGUGCACUGUGUUUUUUCAUAUGGUUUGUGUUGACAGCCUAUGUUUACAUGCAAUGUUUCCAUGUGAUGCAUAUCUACUGCUGCUAUUUGUGUUUGUCUUAGUGAAAAAGUCCCAGGUAUUGUUUCUGUCUGUUGCUGCUGAUAAACAGCCGUCACACCACCAGAAAAUAAGCCAUCGGGUGUCCCAAUGUGUAGUGAGCAAUGAGGUCCUUACGAGUGUAAACAAUAUAUUAAUUCACAACCUAGGGAGCUAGGGAACUAAUUAAGACACACCCCAGGUUAUAAUCGAUGAUAUUAGCAUGCUAUGUGACUUUCUCUUCUAACUUUAAUCAGUCCAGAGAUACAGAAGCCAGGAGGAGAGGAUACAUCUACUGGACCUGUAUCACAACAUGCACAGGAGUAUCCACAGUGGCUCACAGCCUUUGAAACUAAUUUACCAUUCGACAGACAGAGAAACGAUGCUGGCAUGUGUAUUUUCCCCUAUCUUUAGUGUCCAUGCAAAUAGUCUCUUUGUUUUAUCCUUGCUUGCAACAUGCAUUUAAUCUGAAACAUUGAUGAAAGCUUGAAAAGGCCUUUUAAAUGCUUCACAUUUUUACUUCUUUACUCUCCUGAUUUGUGUUGUACACCUUAAAAAACGAUUUGUUAUUAAAGUAGCCUAAUUAGAUUAAACACGAAAAAACUCUACACUUAACAUAAAAUUUAAGUUACCAGGUGAACUUAAAUGUAUGCAAAAAUAAAAUGAAAAAACAUAAGUAAUGCCAACUACUAUAACAAUUGUGUCAAAAUUAAGUAAAUCUAGUGUAACAUUUUAAGUAUCUAAAGAGCAAAUUUCCCAUGAUGCUUUUCCAGCCAAAAAUUCUGACAUCUCUUGUAGCCAUUUUGUUGAAGCACAUGCACUGUAAAAAAAUCCAACUUCAAAAUGUUCUUAAAGAUAAUUAAGUAACAAAUUUUUUCUUGUUGAAAGGCGUCAAUUCAUUAUUUUUUGUUCACUGAAUGAAAUAAGCAUAAUCAUCCUGUUAAAAUAUAAAUAUAUAUAUAUAUACUUUUUUGUCCAAUUCAUUUACACAACAUGCCAAACUGAGUAAUCUGAACAAGCAAUUUAAAAAAAAAAUGGUCUGAAUGGUUCCCAUCAUGCAU